CUUGACGAGAAAAACAAAAAAUACUUGAGUGCAGACGGAAGAAAGUAUACUUCCAAAUUAAACUUGUUAAGAAAUGAAUCGGUUUAUAAAAUUAAUGGUGUUAUGUGUGGCCUUUGCUCUGUCUGGGGGCAAUACUGUAAAAGAGCGAAAUCUUUUUGCUACCGAACUUUUCCAAACGGUGGUGAGCCAAAAUCAGAAUGAAAAUGUAAUCAUUUCGCCAGUAGCAGUGCAGACAGCAUUAGGCCUCCUCUACUAUGCCGCCGCAGGAAACACUGCGGAGGAGUUGCAAAAGAGUCUUCAUGCUACUGCACAUGAGAGUAAAGGUGGUUUGGCCCACGGUUAUCACAAAUUGUUGCAUUCCUUCAUUAAAAAGAAGACCAUACUGGAAAUCGCUAAUAAGAUCUAUGCCAAUAGGAAGUUUGAAAUUUCCCCCGAAUUUCGUAAAAUAGCUCAGGAUUAUUUCGACUCAGACGCCGAGGUCUUGGACUUUUCAAAUGAGACCUAUGCUGUGGACAUCAUCAAUCACUGGAUGGAAAAGAAAUCGAAUGGAAAAAUUGAUCGAGUCGUUGAUUCCAUUGAACCCGAUGUAAAUGUUGCCCUCAUAAAUGCCAUCUACUUCAAGGCAAAGUGGGCUCGUCCAUUUAUGGAUGAUGAAACGACGGAUCGUGCAUUUUGGUUGAACAAUCAUGAGUCUAUCAAAGUGCCCACUAUGUUUGCUGACAACUGGUACUACUACGCUGACUAUCCCCAUUUGGAUGCCAAGGCUAUUGAGCUAUUCUUCGAAAACAUGGACCUCACCAUGUGGUUUAUUCUGCCCAACAAGCGAGAUGGUCUCUAUGAAUUGGAACAGAAACUAAAUGGUAUCGAUUUCAAGGAUCUCGAACGUCUCUGGGAAUGGAAGAGCGUCAGUGUGUACUUGCCCAAAUUUGGAUUUGAGUUUGAUACGGAUCUUAGGCCUUCGCUGCAAAAACUCGGCAUCAAUACCAUGUUCUCGAAUGCGGCUGACUUCAGCAGCAUGUUUCACAAUCGUGCUGGCUCCAUGCGCAUCUCAAAGGUGCAGCACAAAGCUUUCAUAGACGUCAAUGAGAUUGGAUGUGAAGCUGCUGCUGCAAGUGUGGCAGUUGGUGUUCAGAUGUCAUUGCCUUUGGAUCCAAAGACAUUUGUGGCCGAUCAUCCAUUCGCUUUUAUAAUACGUGACAAGACCGCUGUCUACUUUGCUGGUCACAUAGUUAAGUUUUGAACAGAGACAAAGCAAAGGAGAAGGGACUACAAAGUUUACAUUAAAGUAGUUGGGUAUUCCAAUACCUUAG